AUGUCCAUACGCGUGUCCAUGCGUUACAAGGAAAACCAAGAAGCCGCUGCUGCCCCGAACCAACAACAAGCGGUACCACGAAACGCAUCUUCCGGCAAUGAACAAUGUUGUCCAACAAAAGCCGAUGGUACGCCUGACAUGAGAUGCACGGAAAAUAAAGAAAAAGCGGCUCAGCAACAAUCCCCUUCCGAAACACAACCCAGCACAGACUCUUCAACUGCAACUGGUCCAACAAAGAAUGAUGGGACGCCUGACAUGCGCUAUAAGGAGAAUAAGGAAGUAGCAACUACAGGUGCUGCUGAAGAAGCAACUCAGCCAACACCAUCAGAAACACAAGAUAAUUCAAGAUCAUCGGAGCAAACAGGUCCGUUAAAAGCUGAUGGAACUGCUGAUAUGCGUUAUACAGAGAAUAAGGAGGCUGCAACCGCCGCAGAAGCAUCAAGUCAGCCAGAACCAUCCGAAUCAGCUGGUGGUGUAAGUUCAUCAUCUGAAGCUGGACCAACAAAAGCUGACGGUACACUUGAUAUGCGAUAUUCACAAAAUCAAGACGCAGUAGAGGCUGAGCAAUCGUUAUCAUCAGCCGUAAACAUUGACGGAAGCUCAGGUAUGGGAUUAGAUUCAGUGUCAAUGGGAGAAGGAGCAAACAAUAGUGAUGGGCCGUUGAAAGCCGAUGGCACACCUGAUAUGCGUUACAGUGCCAAUCAGUAA